AUGGCUGGCGCUGCAAAAAAGCGUCAGACGAAAGAACGUCGUCAACAGAGGGCAGAAGGAUCCUCAUCUGGCCAUGCGGACAGUCAGCGAACGUCAAGUCCUUCUGGUACCCGUCCUCGUGAGGAAGCCGCAGAGGUGGGAGGCUUCGAUGGCCAAGGAUCGCCUCCGCCCUCAGAGCCAGGACCAUCGCAACGGUCAGUGUCCGGGCCUGCUGCAAAGGACCAGUCGAUUUCGGCUCCUGUUAUCGAAUUUAAUAAACGGAUUGACUUGCCUGCCAUGGCAUAUAAUCUGAAUCGCGUUCUAUUGCUGCCUGGAAUGUUUGCCCGGAAAAAUUACCCUCCUCAAUUGUUUGUGGCUAUUCACAACUCCUUCAUCACAAAACUGUGUUACCUUGUGCAGAUUCAUUGGUACGCCUCUGUCACUUGA